UCACCGAUAUUAACACCAUCAUCAUCAAGAAUACAUUUAUCUAUCAGUGGUCAAUUGCAAUCUUAUUGUGAUUUAAUAUAUCAUCAUGAAUUAUAUGUUGAACAUUUUACAUCAAUAACAACACAUUAUCAAUUAUUAUUAUUAUUUUUUAUUUGA